AUGCGACCGUUGCAUUAUGCAGCAUGGCAGGGUAAAGUGGAGCCAAUGAAGAUGUUACUGAAGGCAGGCUCAGUGGUCAAUGCCCAGUCAGAUGAAGGACAAAUUCCUCUGCACCUUGCAGCACAGCAUGGGCACUAUGAUGUGUCAGAAAUGUUACUCCAACACCAGUCUAAUCCAUGCAUAGUGGACAUUGCUGGAAAAACUCCACUGGACUUGGCCUGCGAAUUUGGUAGAGUUGGGGUUGUACAGCUUCUCCUGAGUAGUAACAUGUGUGCCGCUCUGCUGGAGCCCAAACCAGGUGACAUGACAGACCCUAAUGGCACCAGUCCCCUUCAUUUGGCAGCCAAAAAUGGCCACAUUGACAUUAUCCGGCUUCUGUUGCAAGCUGGCAUUGACAUUAACAGACAGACUAAAUCGGGCACGGCAUUGCAUGAAGCAGCACUUUGUGGGAAGACAGAAGUUGUGCGCCUUCUCUUAGAUAAUGGAAUUAAUGCACAUAUCAGGAACACUUACAGUCAGACAGCACUGGACAUUGUCAACCAGUUUACAGCAACCCAAGCAAGCAAAGAAAUUAAACAAAUGCUUCGAGAUGCUUCAGCUGCCCUGCAGGUCAGGGCUGUGAAAGACUACUGUAAUAAUUAUGACCUGACGAGUCUUAACAUAAAGGCAGGAGACGUUAUCACAGUGUUAGAACAACAUCCUGAUGGCAGGUGGAAAGGCUGUAUCCAUGACAACAGAACUGGCAAUGACAGAGUGGGCUAUUUUCCAUCCAGCAUAGUAGAAGUGAUAAAUAAAAGAACAGGUUCUUGGAACACAGUUAUUUGUAACCAACAGUAUCAAAAGAUACAGCUCACCGCCUAUGGUCCCACCGUGGUUAACGGUGACUCCUCUCAUCAGUUCCAUUAUUUGCCGCCACCUCCACCACCACCUCCACACUCCCAUCAGCCACUUUUCAGUUCCUUUGGCUAUCGUAGAUCCUAUAGCACAGCCGAAGAGCAACAUUAUGGACAAGGUUCCAGAGGUUCAGAAUCUAGUCCAACACCUGGUUCUCCGGCAGCUGUGACCGUACCCCCUGCAGAAGAGAUCUGGGUACUACGGAAACCAUUUGCAGGAGGAGACCGCAGUAGUUUGGGGAGCACAGGAAGUGUGGCUAGCGCUCGAAGCUCUGGGAGUGGUCAAAGUGGAAGCAGCAGUGCCCAUGCAUUGCACCCCAGUGCAGAAGGAGUCAAGUUACUGGCAACAGUGUUGUGUCAGAAAACAUCUAUUCAGGAAUCUGUCCUUGACGGAAAAUCCAUGGAAACUCCAAUAGGAUCUCCUAGGCAACAAAGCACAACCACCUCUCCCUAUCCUGAGCAACCAUAUGGUGAUUCACAGCUGAAAAAGACAGGAAGUGUGUCAGAAGGCAAGAGCUCAGAGUCAGUGUUCCAGUGGCUGUAUGAAUUCCAGCUGCAGGUUUAUGCUCCAAACUUCAUCAGUGCGGGCUAUGACCUUCCAACUAUCAGCCGCAUGACCCCAGAGGAUCUCACAGCGAUCGGCGUUACAAAACCUGGACACAGGAAGAAGAUCACUUCUGAGAUAAACAGUCUGAAUAUUCCGGAAUGGCUUCCUGAAUACAAACCAGCAGAUUUAGCAGCAUGGCUUUCUAUGAUUGGCCUCGGGCAAUAUUACAAAGUCCUGGUGGAAAAUGGAUAUGAAAACAUUGAUUUCAUCACAGACAUAACAUGGGAAGACCUUCAGGAGAUUGGGAUCAAUUCUCCAGGUCACCAAAAGAAACUUAUGUUAGCUGUGAAGAAGCUAGCAGAAAUUCAAAGGGCAGAACAUGGGAAGUAUGAAUCUGGAUCACUGAAGAAAAAAGCUCCACAGUCAUUAGAAGUGGUAGCCAUAGAAUCACCACAACAUGAAACUGCAGAAUGUCAGUCACCAAAAAUGAAAACUUUCCAAGAUAGUGAAUUAAGCAAUGAGCUUCAAGUGGCGAUGACAAGCAGUGGAGAUGUAAUAGAUGGUCAUGACUUAAAACAAGCCAACCAUGUAUCUCAGAUCAGAUCCCAGGGUCCAAGAGGGCUCCUUGAAAGCAAAGCAAAACAGAUCAGUAGCUCACAGGAAUUACUAGAAGAAGGGGCAAAAGUUCAGAAUGCAGCUAUGUCUAAAAGCCAAGAAUAUUUACCUGAUGAUGUAAGGAAUGGUGUUCAUCGAUCUAGCAUUUCAAAGGAAGUGAGACCUUUGAGGCAUGGGCAUAGCAUAAAAAGAGCUAGUGUGCCACCUGUGCCAGGGAAACCAAGACAGUCCUUUCCUCCAGCUGGGGGAGGACCUACUUAUACUCCACCACAAACACCCACCAAACCCUCACCUUCUUCACCCAAAAGUGUUACUGCUCCUCAAGCUACAGCAAAAGUCAAACCCACUCCACAGCUUCUUCAACAGUCUGAUCGUCCCAUGUCACCAAAGUCUCUGCCUCAGUCUCCAACACAUAGAGGAUUUGCCUAUGUAAUGCCACAGCCGGUAGAAGGGGACACCACUUCUGUACAAGGACAAACAGGAAGCCCUUUAGCACAAACUGCUCCUGUCUUGCCCGUUUCUGUGCCAGUUCUUUGUCUUCCACCACAGGGGGAUGAGUCUGAUGAAGACUCAGCUAGACCAAAGAAACGGGCUCAUAGUUUGAACCGAUAUGCUGUCUCUGACAGUGAACAAGAGAGGGAGGAUCUAUUGGUUCCUGAUGUUGGCCCCUAUGCUACCGUACAAAGGCGAGUAGGAAGGAGUCAUUCUGUGAGAUCACAGUCUUCAUUAGACAAAAAUGUAAAUCGCAGUCAAUUUGCCCUCAGACCUAAAAAGAAGGGGCCUCCUCCACCCCCUCCAAAACGUUCAAGCUCUGCCAUAUCUAGCUCAAACCUUGCAGAUGAUUUUUCAAAAGAAAGGGAAGAAGGUACUGCUAAUGAACUUGAUAUAAAAGAAAGCUUUAAAGAGCAAAGACGGGCUAGUGACUUUGGCGGAAGCAUUGAAACAGCAAGUGCUGGCAGCGUGAAGAGCAUCGCGGCUAUGCUAGAAAUGUCAUCUAUUGGUGGCGGAGUCAAGGCCUUGGCAUUACAGAAAGCAUUUGGUGGCAAAGCCCUGGAAGGUCAUUACAUUCAUGUGGGCUCAUUGGGACGACCAUCCAGUCCUGACCACUCCAAAGUGGCAACAGUAUUGGCAACAGUUAAACACAAAGGUGCCAUAGGCCUUGAUGGAGAGAUUGUUAACCGACGAAGGACAAUUAGUGGCCCUGUCACAGAUUUAAUUGCUGCUGCAAAACGAGAAAGAGCAGAGACUAUGAAGUUAGUUGCAGAAAAAGAUUUAACUACAGACAGGCUUCAGGUGGAGCAAGGUGUUUCACCCCAAAGCAGUUCCUCAGAGAACCUGCCCUUUGCUACAGAAGGGAACUUGACUAUAAAGCAGCGUCCUAAACAAGGUACUCUGUUAAAGGGUGACACCUUAGAGGGAGUCUCAGCUGCCCACAUAUUCCUUGACUCUACUAUAUUAACAGAUGAAGACUUUUCUAAGGUAGAAGCUACAGCAACACUAAAGCGAAGAAUAAAAGCCAGACAGGGUCACCACCGUGAUGUGAAAUUUCAUCUGAUAGAAUCAGACACUGUUAAGAGAAGACCUAAAUCAAAAGAAAAAGAUCAGACUGCACCAUUUCAUGAAUCAACACAUCUCUCUGUGUAUCAGAAUGGGACAGGCACCAUUAAAAGAAGGCCAAUGUCUGAAAUGAGUGCUGUUGAUGUUCCUGUGACACAUGCGGCAGCUAUGGAGACUACUUCUGCAUCUCGAAGAGACAGCCUUGAGUAUAGCACACAGACUGUUGAGGGAGAACCUAAAAAACCUGUUAAGCCUCCUGUUUCCCCCAAACCUUUGCUUGCUCAACAGAGUGUGAAAAAACAAGGACCACCUACGCCUACGUCCAAGAAACCUCCUAUUACUAGUCCUGGUAGUCCAGAAACAAAACGGAUACAAGGUGUACCGCCUCCUGUGUCUCCCAAACCCAUCCCUCCUCCAACUGCACCUAAACCGCUGAAACAACAUGCUGUUCUCCAGUCAGUGAGUGCAAGUUCAACACCAGUUCCUUCUCCAGCCAAACAACCCGCAGCUAUCAAAGCUGCAAGCACACCAGCAUCUGUUUGCUCAAGCCCAGCAAAACCAAUCACACCAAGCCAGCCUCAGCAGACCCCUGUGAAGCCCCCAAGAUCUUCAAUAUCUGGGUCAUCCACGGAAAGUUCAAGCACUGAAGCAGCACAGCAGAAACUUGAUGAGACCAGCGCAUCUCUGGCUGCAGCUUUACAGGCCGUGGAAGAGAAAAUAAAACAAGAAGACGGUUCAGCUAUUGAAUCAAAGAGCACAGUUAGCAUACUGGAUGACAUCGGUAGUAUGUUUGACGACCUAGCCGAUCAGUUGGAUGCCAUGUUAGAAUAAAGACAGACCAGGUAAUUCUAGGCAACCUCAGGACUCCAACUGGGCACAAGGGCACAAUGACGCGAAAACCCCUUCUCCUUGGACUGAUCUUGUACAGAGCCUCCCCACUUGAAACACAAUCUUUUGGUUUGCACAAAAAAAGAAUACAUUACCUCAGGAUUGUGCUAAAACAUUUCCAAGUUUCAGUAUAAGGAGGUCUGUAGGGCCAGUUUUGAAGAAGAAAGAACUUUUUUUUCUACCUAGUGAAAAAUAACGGAAUAUUGCAACUUGUUAUAAAGAAAUUACAUCAUUAUUUAAAAGUAUGUGUAAAUUGUAAAAGCAUGAACAAAAGAAAAUUUAUAUUGAGAGAUCCCAGAAAAAAACAGUAGUGCUUCAAGUGUAGAAAUUAUACUUCUCAAUAUUUUUAUUGUUGUUCUGAAUGGAAAUGAACUUAAAAAAGUCUCUUCUUUCCCCACCUUUGUAUUUCACAGAUCUCCAAGUUACUGCGUUAUAAUUUUUGCUUCAUGAUGAGAAUUCUUUUUUAUUUAUCUUAGGAACUUUCACUUCAUAUUCACUUCCAGCUGACAUUAAUACCUUGCUUUAUGGCCUUAAAUCUCCACAUCAUAUUAAUAACUUAUAUGUUCAUAAAAUGUAAAUUGUUUUAUGGUUAACUUAAUUUGAA